AUGCAACUGCGCGAUCUCAGGAUCGGUGAAGCUUUUUCCGAUACCGGCACAGCACUUCUGACCAAGGAGGAGAUCCAACCAUUGGGGUCCAGCCACUACACGGAUAUUUACGGCUGACUUCUUGGUCGAUUAGUUUCCUUCUUAGGAUCAUCGACACUGGUGUUGCAGUCACUUCUUGUCUCACUGUUUCUUUCCCUCUUGGGAUCAUGGGACAUUGAGAUAGUCCCAUUCUACUUUCGAUACAAGUGAUAAGUGAACAGGCCAACGCCUAGGUCACCGCACCACCAGGAAUAAGGCCGUUCUCGAUUUGUUCGAUAUGAUGAAAGAGGGAGCUUCUGUCUAGGAUAUCAACAUGGAGUCCUUGUUUAAAGCAGCUCUUUCUUUUCACUUAAAUCUCAUCUAACAUUUGGAGUCCUUGGACAUGGCUUUCGGGUCUUUUGGAAUCUGGGAUCUUGAAAAUAGUGACGAGUGGCCGGAAGCAAAGGCUACGAUUGACAAAAAGAUCCAGCACGCAAAAAAAUUAAGGCUUGAGAAAGUCCCCAUUUUGAGCCAGCAUCUUGUCCCCAUUUUGAAGGGAAAUAGGGCACCAAGAUGCUGGUCGCGAUGGAUUUAUUACGCAAGGUCUAAAAUAAUCUGCGGGAGUCUUGGCUUUUCGAAUGGCACUAGCCAAGAUGCUGGAAAAAGGAGUCGUUGGCCAAGCCGGUGAGCAAAAUACAGACCCGAUGAUUUCCAUUGAUCAUGCGAUUGCCAUCGAUCAUACCAUUAGCAUUACAUUAGCGAGUGCAGAAAACGUUGUAGCGGAAAUAUUUCCGAACGAAUUUUUGGAACACUUGGAGCGGCUGGGUCUGGACCUUGGCUCUAAAGAUGUGAUGGAGCUCCUGAAAAAAUUAUGGCGAGUCGGAAGUAGAAAAACGUGCCGGGGAGGAGUAGUGAGUCACAGUUUGCUGGCGCAGCUGUGCUUAACAAAUUAUAAGUCAGAAUCAUCGAUGCAGCUGUUUGUCAAUGAAGAACGACUGUUCGAAAAAUGUUGAGGGUCAUUGAAUCCAUCAUGAAUGAUUCUACGAAACAUUCCGCACGACCACGAAGAUAUGGACCUCCUGCAAGAAUUCGAAUUAGAGAAAAUCUUGAGAAUUAAGAGACCACAU